GAAUAUUCAAGGCAUUUUCCCAUUUGAGUGCCAUUACUUGUAGUGUUAAAACGUUUUGAAAACACAUUUUAGCCAUUAACUCAUUUUUAUUGUCAGAUGAAAGUGCUUUAAUAGACUCACUCUACUUCAGUUUUCCUCCUUCGGCUCGGAAUGAAAUCAUCUGUUGGAUUCUUGGCAACCCAUUCGGCAACACAACAGAGAACCUUAUGACUUCAUUACAGAAGCGGCAGAUGGGGGAGCGCCUUGUAGCCCAGCCCAGCGAUCUAAAAUCGCUAACCUGGCUUAGCAGAUUUCAGCUCCCGGAAUUUAUAAGCUGAGCCAACAUCAUUCCAUCGGGGCAUUUUUCCCUCCAGCAAAACAGGUUUGCUGGGAUGGGAAACCUGCUCAAAGUCCUUACCAGAGAAAUUGAAAACUAUCCACAUUUUUUCCUGGAUUUUGAAAAUGCCCAGCCCACGGAAGGAGAGAGGGAAAUAUGGAACCAGAUCAGCGCCGUCCUCCAGGAUUCUGAGAGCAUCCUCGCAGACCUGCAAGCUUACAAGGGCGCGGGGCCAGAGAUCCGAGAUGCGAUUCAAAAUCCCAACGACAUCCAGCUUCAAGAAAAAGCUUGGAAUGCAGUGUGUCCUCUGGUUGUGAGGCUAAAGAGAUUUUAUGAAUUUUCCAUAAGGCUAGAAAAAGCUCUUCAGAGUUUAUUAGAAUCUCUGACCUGUCCGCCCUACACACCGACCCAACACCUGGAGAGGGAGCAGGCCCUGGCGAAGGAGUUUGCGGAAAUUCUUCAUUUUACCCUUCGAUUUGAUGAGCUCAAGAUGAGGAACCCAGCCAUUCAGAAUGACUUCAGCUACUACAGAAGGACGAUAAGUCGCAACCGCAUCAACAACAUGCAUCUAGACAUUGAGAAUGAAGUCAAUAAUGAGAUGGCCAAUCGAAUGUCCCUCUUCUACGCAGAAGCCACGCCAAUGCUGAAAACCCUCAGCAACGCCACCAUGCACUUUGUCUCCGAAAACAAAACCCUGCCAAUAGAGAACACCACAGACUGCCUCAGUACGAUGACAAGUGUUUGUAAAGUCAUGCUGGAAACACCGGAGUACAGGAGUAGGUUUACAAGCGAAGAAACGCUGAUGUUCUGCAUGAGGGUGAUGGUGGGAGUAAUCAUCCUCUAUGACCACGUCCAUCCCGUGGGAGCUUUCUGCAAGACAUCCAAGAUCGAUAUGAAAGGCUGCAUAAAGGUUUUGAAGGAACAGGCCCCGGACAGUGUGGAGGGGCUGCUGAAUGCCCUCAGGUUCACUACAAAGCACUUGAAUGAUGAAUCGACUUCCAAACAGAUUCGAGCAAUGCUUCAGUAGAGCUCUGCUCAAAGAAGAGGAUCUAUGUACUGACCUCAGAAGAUGUAUAUGUUUACAUAAUUUAAUACAGAUCGAUGUUAAUACUUGUGUAUUUACAUAACCGUUUCCUCCUUGUCACUGAAAUACACGGACCUUAAUUUGUAUCCUGACUGACUCGACCCAGCAGAGCAUAAAUUGACUUGAGAGCCUUACCUUUGAUGUCUAAAACAAAAUCCCCUUCUCCAAAGUCAAAAUUUGGAGAUUUCGAUCUUUACUACUGGAGUCCUUUAACUACACCUGUAACAAUCUGAAAUUCCUAAUAGUUUGUGGUAGUGUUUUAAAUCUAGAUGUGUAAUCUCUCUGGGAAGUAUACUUAUAGAAACAUGAAGUAUUUGAUUUCCUGUGUCAGCUUGGCUACAAGAAACACAACUGUUAUCCUGACAGAGGGAGAGAGGAAUCCAAGAAAAGAAAAAUGCAUGUGAAGACACAGAUUCAAGUGUUUCGAAUUCAGCACGCCCCCUCUCUCUCCUCAGACUGCAGACCACAUGUGCAGCUUUUUUGUUUGCACGUAUUUAUUCUGGAUUUAUAUUCCUCUAACGUUCCCUUUUGAUUCUUCAAGAGGAAAAUCACCUGUGCUUGAAUCAGUUUGUGAGAGAGAAGUGAGAAUAGACAGAUGUGCUGUCAUAGCUGAGCUGUGAAAAUGGUUGUCUGGGAAGUGGGGGACGGGUUGGGAGGAAGGACACACAGGCAACAGGACAGUCAUCUCUCCGCUUCAACCCUUUGGCUGUGAAACUGUAGUAAUUUUGAUGACAUUCCAGUUGUCUGUGGGGUGCUGGGUACACAGUCCCUCCUAAAAUGGGCCCUGUCCUCUGGGGACCAUCCAUACGGCAACAGAGGCCUAGGGUACUUCAUUGAUUACCAGGAAACUGGGGAAUUCAGAGAGGGGAAUCCCUGCAUUUUCCAGUUCCCUAAUAUUUAAAAGGCAGCUCCUCCCUGACCACACUGCUGGCUGGUUGGAAUGUUUAAACCUUUGGUCUGAGUACCUGGGUUGAGUCCUAGCCUUACUGAUCCAUGGUGUGAGCUUUGAAAAUACACUUAAGCUCUGUGUCUCACUUUCCUCAUCUAUGAAAUGGGCAGUUAAAACAAUCUCCAAGAGCCCUACAAGGCAAUGAGCCAAUAAAAUGGCUGACUCUUACAUGCUUCCUUAGUAAAAAAAGGCCAGGAAGCAUCACCCCAUCUUGUCUUGAUGAUUGAAUAUAUUUGAAUAUAUGGCAAGGCCUAGAGUCAUCCUUUCUGCAGAUCAGAGCUUGGAAUGGAAUCUUAGAAAUCUCUCGUCUCAACCUCCGGUACAGAAAUGAGACAAGGCUGAAGUCAAAGAGGAUCAACUCCAUGUAGGACUAGAACCCAGGAUACCUCACUCCUGAAUCUUCCCCUGUUCACCAUGUGGCCUAUGCAUACAUACUUUAAGAUGAGACUGGACACUUUUAAAUCAGCCUUAAGUCUGGUUUAUAUUAUUAUUUGCCUAUUUCUGAUAGAAGGAAAGAGUUGCCCAGUGAUUGAUAAUCCCAGAAAUUGGGCCUGGGUACAUCAGGGUUUCAUUCACCAUGUUCCAAGGAAUAACUUGUAGACACAAUUGACUUCCAGACUUUAGUGUCCAGAUGGCAUUCUCUUGAGUCUUCCAAAAAAAAAAAAAAAGGGAAACAUACUUUUUUUAAAUUUUAUUUUAUUUUUAACAAUAACAACAAACCCAGUCAAGUGGCAGAAAAGAUUCUCUGGUUUAUAUCUACAUGUCAGUCAACAGAGAGAGAAAAGACCUUUUUCAUUGGAGCUUUUCAAGCUGAACAAGUACAGCUGCCUAGAUGGGGGGGUUCUCUCAUCAGAACAGAAAUGCACUUAGAUGGCCUUCACGACCUUUUCAAGCCUAGGGAUUUUAAUACCUUAGAGGAAGCCAGAAAAUGGGGUAACAAUGGAUGAACAAAUUCAUUGAUUAUUCAGCUUAAGAAAUCUUCUAUUUGGCAGCCACGUGUUAUCUUUGGGCAACAACUGUCAAGAAUUAUAGAGGCGCUCAAUGUUUAUCAUCAUGGAGUCCAUUUUUUUUCCUUUAUCGGGUGAGGAGCUUAAGUCUUGGAGAGAGGAAAGGACUUGCAGAGUAAAUAGUUGAGCAUAUUUAUAAUUUUUAAUUAGACUUUUUAUCAAGUGGGACCAAACAUAUGGGAGGGGCUGCUGGCCUGCCCCAGUUUAGCCAGGCUGCCUUGUUUCAAAGCUAAGAUUCACCCGUACAUGGAUUCUCAAAAGUCCAGGGCCUGAACUAUUGCCUAUGAUUAUCAGGAGGACAAGUUAAUUGAAUGUCUGUGAUCACUAAGAGGUGAUGGAUCUCUGGUCCACUCCAGAGCUACUGUGGGAGACAAAUUCUUUUAACAGACUGUCCUCCAGGCAUUAGGAGUCCUUAAACAAUCAUGAUUUUUUUUGUGUGCUGCAUGCACAUGUGUUCAAGAUCCAUGGGGUGGUUUAGGGGAAAGUGCUAGCCACAGUAUCCAUGUCAAUGUUAAUUCUAUUUCAUAUUUGAUGUUUCAUAGUUUUCAAGUAAACAGUGUUUGCCAUUACUCAGAUAUUUAUUUUUGGGCAGGCAACAGGUGAAAAUUACAUUUCUCAGAUGCACUGCUGCUUUGGCAUCAUAACUAUGUUCGCAGAAAUUUUUCAUCCAUCACUAACAACAACUAAUAGAAAGCAAGUGGCAGUGAGUGUUUUGAAUUGUGGUAGCCCAUUAGGGCUACAGUACUGAUUAACAACCAGAAAGAAAGUCUUGGAUACUAUCUUUUAACUGUUAGUUAAUAUCAUGCUUCAUCAUUUGCUUCUACUCAUCAUCAUUAUAUCAAGACAUUAAUGGUAAACUGAGGUUUUUAUACAUCAUCACAUUUAGGUUAAAAAAAAAUCAUGCUUCCUCAAAAGAAAAAAGAAGCCUACCCAAUCUUGGAAUCCAACUGUGCAGCAGAAUUCAGAGAAUUCUUAUUCAAUCUUGUACCCAAACAGCAACAAACUUUUUAAAAAAAUAUUAACGAUAAAGAGUGGAAUUUUAUCCUAAAGAGACAAAAAUUUUGGAACCCAAUUUCCCCAUUACAUCUAUCAAGGCUGUUGCAUACACAAAGCUGUUUUAAAAUUGUCAUAUGUUGUUUGCUAAAGUCAUUGUGAUUUUUUUUUGCCUGCUUUGCCUCUUUUUGUACAGAAGUUUUGAGUGUGAAAUGAAAAUUAAAGUUUGGUACAUAUAUUUAAAAAUA